AUGAGCAAGUUACUCCAGGUAACCUGGGUCUGUAACUCCUGUGCACGCCAGCAAUUUCGCACCCAAACUGAAAAGAUCUCGACUUCUCUAUCCAGAAGAUAUGCUCAAAAGGACAAGAAUGACGCCUCCAACAAUUUACAGAGCGGAUCAAGAGAACAACGCCGCACCUUCCACCACAGUCCCGCAAUUCUCAACUCACCGCCCGACCGAUCGCAAGAACAAGCCCUUCCCCUAGGUGACUUCUACACCGAUCUCCUUGCGACGCCGAUACCCAAACCUGCACACCCAACCGUGCCGCUCCCCACGUUCGUGCAGUCCGGCGAUCAGUCAAAGGAAGAAAGAGCGAGGAGACUAUUCGGCACGAUGGAACGAUAUAGAAGUUCAGUCUCGGAGAGCCCGGACGCAACAUGGCGCACCAUCAACGGUGUGCCUAUUCCCCCGCGCCCUGAAGAGCCGGACAACUGCUGCAUGAGCGGCUGUGUCCACUGCGUAUGGGACGAUUACCGAGACGAUGUCGAGUCUUGGGCAAACCGACUACAUGAAGCGCAAGCGAAGGCACCGACGAAGAAUACGAUUGGGGAUUCCGCCAAGAUUGAGCUGCCCAGACCAGAGGUGAGUCAAGCGUCGGGUAGUAUGGAUGAUGAUGGCGGUGGAAGUGAAGGGCUUUGGGCUUCUCCUUCGCCCUCUAUGGCUGCGGCAGGUUCUACGGAUGGUGAUGAGUUGUUCCAGAGUAUUCCGGUCGGGAUUCGUGAGUUCAUGGCCACGGAAAAACGGAUCAGAGAUCGGAAGAAGUCAAGGAAGGGGAAGGAGAGCUGA